AUGUUUCGAGCCUUCAUGCGCCGCCAGGCCCCAGGCCUGCGCACUCGCUUCACCCAGCAGCAGCGCCGCGCAAACUCCUCCAACUCGGGCACCGAGCCCCCAAAGCCGAAGAGAGAGAGCGACCCUAUUCCUGUGCCCAACACCGUCGCCACGAUCCCAUUAUGGCAGCGUCUCGGUCCGCUGACCCGUGCCGCCGAGGGGUAUGCCAGGGCCCAGCGCAAGAGACCCCUGACGACGCAGUUCAUCAGCUCCCUUGUCAUCUACUUUUGCGCCGACCUGUCCGCCCAGAACAUGAGCGGCAACGAGUACAACCCGGAGCGCACCGCGAGGUCCCUCAUCAUCGGCGCAUUGUCCUCCAUCCCUAGCUAUAAGUGGUUCAUCUUCCUCUCCCAAAACUUCAACUACACCUCGCGCCUGCUAUCCCUGGCCACCAAGGUCGUCGUGAAUCAGGUGUGCUUCACGCCCAUAUUCAACUCGUACUUCUUCGGCAUGCAGGCCUUCCUGGCUGGCGACAACUUCGAGCAGAUCAUCGAGCGAAUUCGGCGCACCGUUCCCGUGAGCAUCGUCAACUCGUGCAAGCUGUGGCCCGCCGUGACGGCCUUCAGCUUCUCGUUUAUCCCGAUGGAAUAUCGCAGCGUCUUUUCGGGUGUCAUUGCCGUCGGCUGGCAGACCUAUCUGAGUUUCCUCAACCGGCAAGCAGAAGUCGUCGAGGAGGCCGAAGAGGCAGACGUAAGGGCGCACCCCAAGAAAGCUCACGCGGUGCAGGGCAUCGCUGUGCACGAGGGGGCUGCAAAGAUGGAGGCGUGA